UUCACUUCUGGGCUGCUCCAACAUCCCCAGCUUGGUGGAGACACCUUUCUGGGCCUGGAGGAGGACCGUCCGGGCAUCCUGGCUUCCCCACUUACUCCAGCUGCCUGGCUUCCUGAUAGAUGGGGAGAGCGCAAACGCAGUCCCCCACUACCACAAAUCAUGCAGUCGAAUUUCCCACAAUUGGGGAAAUUGCAGGGGUCAGCACAUCCAGAGUGCAAUGGAUAAGCCUUGCCCUGAGAAAACCACCUUCAUGAUCAUGGUAUCUCCCCUGCCAGCCUUUUCCAGCCUCAGAUCUCAAGGAUAAAGGCUCUGCCAUUUCCCAUCACACCAUCAUAUGAUAUUGAUCUGUUCAACAGAGGUUGCUGUGCCCAAGGCUGACUGUGCCCACCCCCACCCCUAGACUGGGGCAACCUCAGAACUUGCUGCCCCGCUGCGGAGACCUCCCACCACUUGGGGAAGCUCUUUUCUGCAGGCCAGGCUCCACAUGCUUAUGCAGGCAGGAGCACCAGUGCCCUUGCAUGUGAGAGUCCCAGAAGAAGGGGUGAUUUCCACCACCCCUCACCUUAGUUACCCUGCCCCUCUGCAGCUGACUAAGCCACCAAGAUCCAGCCAAGAUCUCUAAUCCUGGCCGGGGGGGGGGGCCAACUACCCAUCCUGAAAAACCUGUCUGGCUCCACCUGCCUCCCCCCAUAUCCCCCCCCCCAGGCUGUAGGGCCCAAGGGGCAGGUUGGACAAGAUUCCCCUCCAGCCCCUCCCUCCCCCAGGACAAAACCAGCCACCCCAGAGGCAGGGCCUCACUUGCCUCAGGAAGCUACAGCCUGCCAGCGCUUGUUUCAGCUUCCAGCCCAGCUAUGGCAUUCCCACUACCCAUCAGAACCUCGUCCUUGAUCCUGAUUCUGCUGGCUGUUCUGGCCCCAGGAGCUGCAGACUUCAACAUCUCAAGCCUCUCUGGUCUGCUGUCCUCGGCGCUAACAGAGAGCCUGCUAGUAGCCUUGCCCCCCUGUCACCUCACAGGGGGCAAUGCCACACUGAUGGUCCGGAGAGCCAAUGACAGCAAAGUGGUGAAAUCUAGCUUUGUGGUGCCUCCAUGCCGUGGGCGAAGGGAACUGGUGAGUGUGGUGGACGGUGGGGCUGGCUUCACGGUCACCCGGCUCAGUGCUUACCAGGUGACAAACCUCGUGCCAGGAACCAAAUACUACAUUUCCUACCUAGUGAUGAAGGGGACAUCCACUGAGUCCAGUAGAGAGAUCCCAAUGUCUACACUUCCUCGAAGGAAGGUGGAAUCCAUUGGGCUGGGAAUGGCCCGGACAGGGGGCAUGGUGGUCAUCACAGUGCUGCUCUCUGUCGCCAUGUUCCUCUUGGUUCUGGGCUUCAUCAUCGCCCUGGCACUGGGUACCCGAAAGUGAGGAGACCUGCACUGGGCAGUGGGCUCCUCCAGGAAGUCCAGGACACCGUCCAUCUCUCCAGCACAGAGUUUUGCCUUUUGCUCCUGUCUCCUCUCCUGAAAAGACUGCCUGCUCUCCGUCCUCAAUCACCAGUCUUUGGCUCCUUCAGUGCCUUUACCUCCAUUCCCUUUACUCCCUCCGCCCCUCUCCUUGUCCCCUAAUGCUUCAUUUUAGCCCAACUCUCCCUAUUAUUCCUUUCACCCCACCCCUAUCAGAAUUCGUUUUCCUUCCAUUUCACCUAUUUAAUUACCCCCAAGAACAAUUCACCCCUCCUUGGUGAACUAAGUCCCUACAAUAAAG